AAAAAAAAAGUUGCGUACUCUGAUUGGUCAAAACCUAAAAAGGAAAAAAAAGUGGGCGGGCGCUCUCGCGUUUCAUCUCUAUGUAAGACGUAAGCAAUGACUAAUAAAACAUAGUUGGGGAAGAGUCACGUGUGAAAAUAACUUCAGGAAGUUACAUUCUCACUAAUUACAUACACAAAAGAGAACUCUUAACUUAAUUUUCAUGAAUGACCGUGCAGGAGGAACAGUCUUAUCGACUUUAUGUGCGCUAAAACGUCGUGUUUAGGAAACCUAGCAACCAAACAAGCGGCCAACGCACGCGCGCGAACACGCACGCACACACGCACACACGCGCGCGCGCAUGGCUUCAAAUAAACUAAAACCGUUUCAUCGGGAGUUGGAAACAUAAUAAUGUGUCUUUUUAUACUCUUCUAGUUUUUGAGAUUUCUAAUAUCAGUGAUAUCUUGGUGUUAAACUUUGUGUGUGUGUGUGUGUGUGUGCUAAGACUGAAUGGCGGGCAUGGGAUGAACCCUUGUAGACAGCUAUUCACGUGAGUGACGUUCAAACCGUCCAAUUAGAGCGACGCGUUUUGCGCCUUCUACCAAUCCGGAGCCAAUCACAUCUACUGUGGGCGGGUGUUAAGGGAAAAGCCACGCCCCUCGCAAAGAGCCCAACUGGGUUGUUUUCAGAAGAGAUUUUUUUUCGGUUCGUUUUCUUGUAUGGCGCAUUAUUUUUUAAAAAUAUUUAACCCUUUGUUACUGUUUUAUUGAGAGUAUGCAUUCGGAACCGGCAGCCCAGACAUACACACACAUAUGCAGUGUUUUAGUAUCGAAAUAGUUUUAAGUUUGUGUGUGUUUUUUUUUGUUUGAAGUCGUGGUGUGAAGCUCAGCAACUCGAUUAGCUUAGCAACUAACUGCCGAAGAGGUCUUCUUGCCCCCCCGAGUAUGAGGUCAGAAUGAAGCGGCGUGUGGAUGAUCAGGACGCGGGCUUUGCGGCGCAGCAGCGCAGGCUCCCAGGAGGCUCCGAGGGCUUCCAGCACAGGGUUCUGGCUCCAGCGCCAGCGGUGUACGAGGCUGUGACCGACAGCGUGCAGCCCACCUCUGGCAUCCAGUACCCUGUACCCCAGAGCUACCAGGUUCCUGCUGUGGCUCAGAGCUCUGCAGGUCAUGGCCACGCUCCAAACCCUGCUGCUCACGGCAGCUCCCAUCACCACAGCUCUGCUGUACAGCCACACGGCCCCGCGCUGGUCCAGAGUCACAGUCACCCACCCAACCCCACUGCCUCUGCACCAGGCCAGCAGCAGUUCCAGAGACUCAAGGUGGAAGAUGCUCUGUCCUACCUGGACCAAGUGAAGCUGCAGUUUGGAAGUCAGCCACAGGUUUACAAUGACUUCCUGGACAUCAUGAAAGAGUUCAAGUCUCAGAGUAUCGACACUCCGGGUGUGAUCAGUCGCGUGUCCCAGCUCUUUAAGGGUCACCCUGAUCUCAUUAUGGGCUUCAACACCUUUCUGCCUCCUGGAUACAAAAUCGAGGUGCAGACCAACGACCUGGUGAACGUCACCACGCCGGGGCAGAUCCACCACAUCACACCACACGGUAUCUCGGUGCAGAACAUCCCUCCGUCAACUCCAGCACAGCACCAGAGCCACCUGAGUGCACAAGCCUCCAGUACAGGCACCGCUCCCUCCACACAGCCUUCACAGAAAAACAAGCCGUUGCAGUCUCCAGCACUCACGCCCAGCAGCCAACCCAAUCCGUCCAUCCCACCAUACGCCUCGCCCCGUUCCCCGCCUCUGCACCCCCACACCCCCAUCAGCAGCACCCCCAACGCCCCCCCACUGCAGAACAACCAGCCUGUGGAGUUCAACCACGCCAUCAACUACGUCAACAAGAUCAAGAACCGCUUCCAAGGCCAGCCAGACAUCUACAAAGCCUUUCUGGAGAUCCUGCACACAUACCAGAAGGAGCAACGUAACGCUAAAGAGGCAGGGGGAAACUACACACCAGCCCUGACCGAGCAGGAGGUUUACGCUCAGGUGGCUCGGCUCUUCAAAAACCAGGAGGACCUGCUCUCGGAGUUCGGCCAGUUUUUGCCGGAUGCCAGCAGCUCCGUGCUGCUGGGCAAGACUACGGCGGAGAAAGCAGAAUCUGUGCAGAAUGACCAUGGAAGUACGGUAAAGAAACCGCAGCUGAACAACAAGCAGAGGCUGAACCAGAACGGCUGUCAGAUUCGCAGACACUCUGGGUCCGCUGCAACCACGCCCCCGGUAAAGAAAAAGUCUAAGUUACUGAAUCCGAAGGAGUCGUCUGUAGCAGAAGCCAGCAAGCACGGAGUCGGCACGGAGUCUCUGUUCUUCGAGAAGGUGCGGAAAGCCUUACGGAGCGCUGAGGCUUACGAUAACUUCCUGCGGUGCCUGGUUAUCUUUAACCAAGAAGUGAUCUCACGCGCUGAGCUUGUGCAACUGGUGCUACCUUUCCUGGGGAAGUUCCCGGAGUUGUUCACCUGGUUCAAGAACUUCCUGGGCUACAAGGAGAUGUCCCACUUAGAGAGCUACCCCAAAGAGCGGGCAACAGAGGGCAUCGCCAUGGAGAUAGACUACUCCUCGUGCAAGAGGCUGGGGUUCAGUUAUAGAGCGCUGCCUAAGAGCUACCAGCAGCCCAAAUGCACAGGAAGAUCCCCGCUGUGUAAAGAGGUGCUGAAUGACAUGUGGGUUUCAUUUCCUUCCUGGUCAGAAGAUUCGACCUUCGUCAGCUCUAAGAAGACGCAGUAUGAGGAGCACAUCUACAGGUGUGAAGACGAACGUUUUGAGUUGGAUGUGGUUUUGGAGACAAACCUCGCCACUAUCCGGGUGCUGGAGUCCGUGCAGAAGAAGCUCUCGCGCAUGUCUGCUGAAGAACAGGCCAAGUUCCGCCUGGAUAACACGCUUGGCGGCACUUCUGAGGUCAUCCACCGCAAGGCCAUACACAGGAUAUACGGAGACAAAGCUCUGGACAUCAUCGAUGGGCUGAAGAAGAACCCGGCUGCCUCCGUCCCCAUUGUACUUAAGAGGUUAAAGAUGAAGGAGGAUGAAUGGAGAGAAGCGCAGAGGGGCUUCAAUAAGAUAUGGCGCCAGCAGAACGAGAAAUAUUAUCUCAAGUCCUUAGACCACCAAGGCAUCAACUUCAAGCAGAACGACACCAAGGUGCUGCGCUCGAAGACCCUCCUCAACGAGAUCGAGAGCAUUUAUGACGAGCGGCAGGAACAAGCUUCUGAGGAAAACGGGACGCCGGUGAGCGGCCCUCACCUCACCUUCACCUACGAGGACCGGCAGAUCUUAGAGGACGCCGCUGCCCUGAUCAUCCACCAUGUCAAGAGACAGACCAGCAUCCAGAAAGAGGACAAGUACAAGAUCAAGCAGAUAAUCCACCACUUCAUCCCUGACAUGCUCUUCUCUCAGCGAGGUGCUCUGUCAGACGCUGAGGAAGAAGAGGAAGAUGAGGAGGACGCCGAGCUCGAUGAAGGAGGCUCCAAGAAGCACAACGGUGUAACCGGGAGUCCCAGCAAGUCCAAACUCCUGUUCACCAACACGCCGGCUCAGAAGCUGCGCUCGUGUGACGAUGCCUACAACCUCUUCUUCGUCAACAACAACUGGUACAUCUUCCUGCGGCUGCACCAGACGUUAUGCUCGCGCCUCCUGCGCCUGUAUACCCAAGCCGAGCGGCAGAUCGAGGAGGAGCUGAAGGAGCGCGACUGGGAGAGGGAGGUGCUCGGUCUCAAACGGGACAAAAACGACAACCCUGCCAUCCAGCUUCGGCUCAAGGAGCCUAUGGACAUAGAUGUUGAAGACUACUACUCCGCCUUCCUGGAGAUGGUGCGCAAUUUACUGGACGGAAACAUGGAGGCGUCUCAGUAUGAAGACUCUCUGAGAGAGAUGUUCACCAUCCACGCCUACAUCGCCUUCACUAUGGACAAACUGAUCCAGAGCAUCGUCAGGCAGCUGCAGCAUAUAGUGAGCGAUGAGAUCUGCGUGCAGGUCACAGAUCUGUAUCUGUCCGAGAGCAGCAGCAGUGCCACAGGCGGCUCGCUGUCCACGCAGGCCUCGAGAUCCACCGCCGAGGCGACCUACCAGCGCAAAGCUGAGCAGCUCAUGGCGGACGAGAACUGCUUUAAGUUGAUGUUCAUUAAGAGUCGAGGAAACGUGCAGCUGACCAUCGAGCUGCUGGACACAGAAGAGGAGAACUCGGAUGAGCAAGGAGACUCAGAGCGCUGGUCAGAUUACGUGGGCCGGUAUCUUACUGCCGAUGUGACGUCUCCAGAGCUAAGAGAACACCUGGCGCAGAAGCCUGUUUUUCUUCCAAGAAAUCUGCGGCGAAUCCGGAAGUGUCAGCGAGGACGUGAACAACAGGAGAAGGACGCGAAAGACGGCGGAAAGAAGGAGAACGCAGAGAACAUGAAGAUGGAGUGCAUGUUCAAGCUCAACUCCUACAAGAUGGUGUACGUGUUUAAGUCCGAGGACUACAUGUACAGACGCACUGCACUGCUGCGAGCUCAUCAGUCACAUGAGCACGUGAGCACGAGGCUGCACCAGCGCUUCCAAGCCUGGCUGGACGGAUGGCUGAAGGAGCACGUGAGCCGGGACAUGGCCGCCGAAACCGCCAAAUGGCUGAUGGGAGAAGGGCGUGAAGGGCUCAUACCCUGCACUACGACCUGCAACCCGGAGACGCUCCACUUCAGGAACAUCAACAAGUACAGAGUGAAAUACAGCAGCAGCUACAAAACGCCGUGAAGCGGUGAAGGCGGGUUAGAUGCUUAUCGGGGGAGGUUUAGUGCGCAGGAGAGGAAAUGGACUUGGCAACAACUUUCUAAGGACGACAUGACGGCACUCAAAAGCUCUCAUGUCAGACACCAGUGGCGGCUGGCGUACGUCUCGAUUCUUAACAGCGUUUUUAGCUGUACUCAUGCCCACGUUUCUAUCCGUGCCAAACUAUGGGAAGAAAACACCCUUCCAUCAAACUGCAUGAAGUUUAGUCUAGAGCUAAUCUCGAACAGGAGCCGUUCUCGAGUCCUGCAGAGCUGUCGCGGCCUAAAAAUGAAACAUUUCCCCGGACAGCUCAGCAGGUAUUAAUGUAUUACUGUAAGCACAGGCUGCGUAAUGGAAGAAUAUGAUGCUGCCUUCAGGAUUUAUUCUUCCUCUCUAAAUACAGAUGCUGUUGAACUCGGUGAUGGAAAAACUCGAGACUCAGAUUUAGCUUGGGAUAAGUGCACUUAACUUUGAUUAUUCAAAGGAAUAUACGUGUGUAGUUCUCUAGCCAAAGUUUAGUAAUUCCACAAGCAGAUCAUUUCCCAGUGUAAUGGCAGAUAUCUAAUAAUGAAGAACUCUUAAGAGUAAAUUUUUUUUUAGUUAAAAGCAAAAAAAAAAAAAGAAAACAAAAAUAGAAGAGAGCAAUAAAGUUCUGCGACGUGGUGUGGUGUUUAACACAGAACGUGUUGAAUGAAUGAAUGAAUGAAGCUUGCAAAUGCUCCAACGAUUCAUCAUUUAUAUGUCAGAAUGAGACGUGAGCACAGUUUUUGUCGGCCACCCUGGCUGUGAACCUUACAAAGUUGCUGGCAAAGCCCAAUGCCAAUACACCAGCUAGAACACACACACACACACAAAAUACAAAUGAAAAUUUACAGUGGACGCUCCACAGACACACAACAGUUCCCUAUUUGUAAAUAACUUGUAUAUAUAUUGCCAGAACUUUUUUUUUUUUUUUUUUUUUAUGACAGAGACCUUUGUUGUUGUUCUCGUGAAACUUUACAGGCUUACUGUGGAAUUUAGGAAGAGCGACAGCUAAAAAGAAAACAUGCAAGACAAGUUUAUUACUGUUUUUACCAAAGGGAGUUGAUUAUAAUGAUUGAUAGUUGUUUUCUUUUCUUUUCUUUCUUUCAUUUUCUCUCUCUACUUUUUGUGUUUACUCCUCCCAACCCCCCACCUUUUGUCUUUUUUAAUAGUAAAGAAUUGUUAAUUUUGUAAAAGUAGAAAUGUAUCCAGGUUCUUGUUUUUGAAAUGUUUUUAUAAGAAAAAAAAACAAAACAAACAUUUUAAUUUUUUUGGAAGUUGAAAUUUGGGCUCAUUUCAGCACACGUUAAUCACUGCCUGUUUGGAUAUGCAUCUGUUUCUCUAGUCUGAACACUGAGGAAGCCGAGCGCUCAAGCUCACACUGUCCUCGCGAAUGUAACGCACCGCAUUCGUCACGCGAGGUUUUCUUCUUCACCCUGGAUAGAUUUCUGCUGGAUAAGAAUAUAAAUAUAUAUAGAAAUAUAUAAAUAUAUACAUUUUAAAAAUGAAAGUCACAAAAGCAUGUCUUUUUCUGUGGAACAUCAUAGCCCCUUUAUUUCGAUAUUAUUUAAGAUAAUAAUAAAAGGACAUUUGUAGCA